AUCAAUCAAUUCAUGAUUGAUCAAGUGUUUGAUGUGUUUUGAUUUAUCAGUUUUUCAAUACAACAAAAAAAACAAUGAAUCUUAAUGAAUCUUCACAGCAACAACAACAACAACAACAAACAUCGAUCUUAUGGCGUAAUCUUUCUUAUAAUUAUCAUAAUCCAUUAGGAUUAAAUAAUAAUAAUAAUAAUAAUGAAAAAUCUUCAAUUUUACAAUGUUUAAAUGGUCAUCUUUGUUAUCAAACAUUAAAUGGAUUACUUGGUCCAAGUGGUUCGGGUAAAACAACUUUAUUAAAAUGUUUAUCCGGUCGUAUAAAAUCCGGUCUAAAUGUUCAUACAGAAAUCUAUUUGAAUUCAACAGAAUCAAAACGUUUAACAACAACAAUACGUUUUAUCGAACAAAAUGAUAAAAAUGUUUAUGGCCAUAUGACUGUUCGACAGAUAUUAUCGUAUGCAUUUCAUUUUAAAAAUAAUCAAUCACAUCUUUAUGAUAUUGAUUCACAUAUAUCGAUUAUAAUGAAUGAUUUAUUAUUGGAUGAAACAACCAUUCUUGAUCGUAGAUUUGAACAAUGUUCAGGUGGUGAACAACAUCGUAUUAUUAUUGCACAGGAAUUAAUGUCAUUAAAACAACCAACAUUUUUAUUUAUCGAUGAACCAACUACCGGUUUGGAUAGUAAUUCUGCAUUAUUAUUAAUGAAAUGUUUAUGGCGUUUAAGUCAACAUAAUCGUAUGACAAUAUUUGUUUCGAUUCAUUCACCAAAUUCAGAUAUUAUGAAAUUGUUUGAUAAGAUUUAUAUUCUGGCUAAAGAUGGUGUUUGUAUCUAUUCUGAUUCACCAAAAUGUUUGGAUGAAAAAAUUGGUCAACAAUUAAAUCAUGAUGAUGAUGAUAAUCGAUUGAAAAAAUCAUCAUCAUCAAUUGAACAAAUCAUUCGAAUUGCCUGUAAUAAUAAAAAUCAUCCAUUGAUACAAAAAUGGACAAAAUUAACAUUGGAAAAUGAAAAUGAACAAUUUAAUCAAAUUAUGAUGGCUAAAAAUACUGACGUUGAUAAUCGAUUAAAAUUUCAACCAAAAGGAAUUCUAAUCGGACAAAAAUGUUUUCAUUUCAAAGAUCUUUACAUACAAUUACGACGAAUAUUUAAUAUUCAAUUCAUGAUUGAAUGGCGUAAUCUUAUGUCUAUAAUGUUAUUCUAUAUGAUUGUAUUUCCAUUUAUAGCAUCAUUUUUUGAUGAAAAAAUUGUACAAUCAUAUACAAAUUGUCAUAUGGUUGAUUAUAAGGGAAAAUUAAGAAAUCAAACCUGUUAUGAACGUUUAAAUAAUGAAAUCAAUACAAAUGAAUAUAUAAUAUAUCUUUGGUAUUGUCAAUGUAUAUCAGGUUAUUCAAUAAUGAUUUUAAGUACAAUAUCAAUUUCAUCAAUGUUGAAAAUGUUUCGCAAUGAACAUCGUAAUCAUUGGUAUCAUUUUGGUGUAUUAUUCAUAGCGAUAACAAUGAUAACAUUCAUACAUCUUGGUCUAUUAUCCUGGCUAAUUGGUACGAUGAUCUAUUUCAGUGUUAAUCAUAGUUAUGUUGAUCAAUAUCGUUUAAAUUGGUAUCGUAUUAUACAUUUUAUAUCAUUUAUAUGGUUAAAUAAUAUUUAUCUACAAAGUUUUGGACAAUUAUGGAGUGUUAUAUUUUUUUCUGAUCAACAACAACAACAAUCAUCCGAUAAAGAAUUGGCUAUUAUUAUUGGAAUGUUUUUCUUUCAAUCAACAUUUUUAUUCAAUGGAUUUAUGAUUGAAAAUCCUAAUCGAUUAUAUUUAAUGAAAAUAUUAUCAUAUUUUUUACCAGUUAAAAUUAUUUCCAAUGGUUUAAUGUAUUCAUUUUAUGGUAUUGAUCGUAAUUGUUCAAAAUUAUCAUCAAUUGUUUUGGAUGAUUUUGAUGUUCAAAUUGAUCAUAUUUAUAGUGAUAUUUUAAUCAUACUGAUACAUUGUUUAUUGGCACGUUCGCUUACCUAUAUGAUAAUGUUGAUAAAAUUUUUUGGUUUUAAAAAUUUUUAUUGGACAAAAAAAUUUCAACCAUUCAAUGGUUAUAUUAAUCCAUUUGAUAAUGAUGAUGUUGAUAAUAAUAACCGAGAUGAAAUGAAAAUUGAAAUGAUAAAAAUCAAUUCGAUAAAUGAUGAAAAUCAAAUCCAAACAUUAAAUAAUCAAGAUAAUCAUGAAAAUAUAAUUAUUGCAUGGCGUUCAAUUUAUUUAUUUACAUCAUCAAAUACAAUCUAUGAAAUACGUUCAAUCAAUAAUUUCAAUAUUGAUAAUAAUGAAAUAAUGAAAAAAAAUUUCAUAUUAAAAAAUCUAAAUGGACAAUUUCGAUUCGGUACAUUGAAUGCAAUAAUGGGACCAUCAGGUUCUGGAAAAACAUCACUACUCAAAGUUUUGAAUGGUCAAUGGAAAAGACGUCUUUGUUAUGAAAGUAAAUUCUAUUUAAAUCGAUUUAAAUUGAUUAAACGUUGUUUUCUUGAACAAGAUAUUUCUGGCCAUCUUAUGUCCGGUCUUACAGGUCGACAAACAUUAAUAUAUGCAUCACGAUUAAAAAAUUUAUUCGAUUCAAAAAAUAUUGAUCAUGAAGCUAUUGCUGAUCGUAUUCUUAAUGAAUUAUUAAUAGUAAAAAUAGCCGAUAAAAUUGUACAAAAAUGUUCAAAUGGUGAACGUAAACGUUUAGCAUUAGGUAUAGAAAUGACAUCAAUUAUAAUGCCGAAUUUAAUUUGUAUUGAUGAACCAACAAGUGGUUUAGAUUCAAAUUCAGCCGAAAUUAUCAUCACUUGUUUACGUAGAAUUGUACACGAACAUAACAUAACAAUUAUAGCAUCUAUUCAUCAACCACAAUCAGAAAUUUUGGAAAUUUUUAAUGAAAUAUAUGUUUUGGCUAAAAAUGGUGUUUGUGUUUAUUCCGGAAAACCCGAUACAAUCAUCGAACAUUUAUCAAAGGUAUUGAAAAAUAUUGAUUUAAAAUCAAAUCAAUAUUAUUCAUCAUCAAUUGAAAAACUUAUCAAUUAUUGUUCUGUAGAAACAACAACAGAUUCGAUUGUCGAAAAAAUGGUCAAUAUUACUUGUGAUAAAAUUAUUCAAUCAAAACAAUUUAAAUUAAUUAACGAUAAUGAUGAUCAUGAUGAUGAUGAUGAUAUUUAUUCAAAUCGACAAAGAUUUUCAUUAAAAUCAUCAUGGAUAUUAUUACAACGUUAUUGUCAUAAUCCAAUGUUUAAAUGGACAAUAAUUUUAUCAAUAUUUCCAAUCAUAUUGAUAAUAUUAUUACGUAAUUUUUAUCCGGCUAAAAUUGCCAAACAAAAUGGUUGUUUUAAUUUUUUGGAAAAUGAUUUUAACUAUACAAUCUGUUAUGAUGAUGAUUGGAAAAUGAUAAACAAAGAUCUAAUGGAUAAUACACGUUAUACAAUUUAUAUAACAUUCAUAUAUUUAACAUGGAUAUUAAUACCGGCAAGUAUAUUAUUUGCACAAGAAAUGAUAUUAUUUGAUAAUGAACAUCGAAAUGGUUGGUAGAUUUUUGGUUUGGUUUCUUUUUUUAUUUUCAAAUUUUUUUAUUUCAUAAUUUUCAUAGGUUGGUAUAGUACUGGUUCAUUUUAUCUGAUGAAAUCAAUUGCAGAAUUUUUACCAAUGUUUAUAACAACAUCGAUAUUUGUUUAUGUUGCCGAUAUUUAUGAAUCAAUUCAUUCGGGAAUAUAUUUUUGGAUGUUAUUAUUAUUUAUAUUUGGUUCAUUAGCAAUGCAAGGAAUGGGUCAUCUAUUAGCUAUUAUAACAAAUGGAAAUUUUUUCGCUUUAAUCACAAUAUUACCUGGUUGGAUGACAUUGCUGUUUUUAUUAUCAAAUUUUGCAACACCAAUUCAACGUUUAAAUUAUUAUUAUCAAUUAUUAUCAAAUCUAUCACCAUAUCGUUUUGUAAUGGAAUCAUUAUUAAUAUUACAAUAUGGUUUUGGUCGUUGUCAAUCUAAAUAUGAAAUACAAUUCGUUCUAUAUCGUAUGGCUUUUGUUCAUAAUGAUGAUGAUAAUAAUUAUUAUUAUCAACAUUUUUAUUAUUGUAUUCAACAAUUAUUAUUAAAUAUUUUUAUUUAUCGAUUAUUAGCUUUAAUUAUGUUGAUUAUACGUACCGAACCGUUUGAUAAUUAUCGUCGUAAACGAAUACGUCAACAUUACAAAUCAUGAUAAAUGUCAAAAUUAUAAAAAUUUGAAUCUUUAAAUCAUAUUUGUUUUAUCUUUAAUUUUAAAAUC